AUGCACACCACAAACGACUUCCCUCCUGUCGAGGUCGACAAUGAGAUCAAGGGAAGACUAGCCUUGAUAACCGGAGCUUCUGGUGGUAUCGGAGCUGCAUGUGCACGACAACUCGCAGCUCAGGGCGUGCAUCUUGCUCUCACUUACUCGUCAAACCUCAAGUCUUGCCAAAGACUAGCCGAUGAGCUCGCGGGCAUUCCCGAGAACAAGGAUCUCAAGAUCACCAUUCACAAAGCAGAUUUGGCAUCGAUCGAAGAGACAACAGCUCUGUGCCCAGACGUCGUUAAGCAACAUGGGCGAGCAAUUGACAUUCUCGUGUCCAACGCUGGAUAUGGUGUCAGAAUCCAGAAUGUGUGGGAGAUUCCUCUGGAAGAAUUCGAGCACACACUCAACGUCAACCUCAGGGCAACAUUCUUGCUUGUAAAGGGUGUUGUCGAAGGCAUGAGAGAUCAGAAGUGGGGUAGAAUCAUUUUCAUCUCCAGUAUUGCAGCUUAUGGUGCUGGUAUCAACGGAUGUCAUUAUGCUGCUUCCAAGGGUGGACUGCAAUCUAUGAUGAAGAACCUCUCAUCUCGCCUCGCACCUUACAAUAUCUCAGUCAACGAUGUCAGCCCUGCAAUGGUAGGAAGCACUGGUCUUUUGCCUUCUGCCGACAGUGUUCCCGGACUUGUCGACAACAUUCCACUUCACCGCCUUUGCGCUCCGGAGGAGGUUGCAAAUGUUGUGUCCAUGUUUGCAAAGACUGGGUUUGCUACUGGUCAAUCUCUUAUCGUUGGCGGUGGUCUACGAUAA